GAAUUGACAAGCGAACACAAAACUAGCACUGAAUGUUUUCAACUUCUUCAAGUUGAUCGAAAUUUAGCAAAAUCCAACGUAAGCUCGUGAGAGGAAGAUCACCAUGAGCAGUUUAACCCUGGAGGUGUGCCCCUGUGAGGGGACUGACAGAGGCACCCAGAGAUGUCGCCUGGACGUGGAGUACAUGAAGAUACUGAAGGCCACACUGGGAACGUUUGUGAAAAUUUGUUAUGAGAGAGACGUUUUCAUCUGUACCUUGUGGCCAUCAAAGCAAAUAGGGGAUCCAUGCGUUAGACUAGAUAAGGUUGUCAUGGUAACAGCAACAAAAGACGAAGUGCGAGAAGGAGAAACAGUACCAAGCAUUGAAGUUAUAAAUGCAUCACCUUGUACAUACAUUAAAGUAUCUGUGAUAGUGAAAGAAAUUUCUCAGGUAAAAAAGUUAAAACUUAUGUUGAAACGUGUGGAGAAGCAUUGCAGAAACUGCUUGUUAAAUCUGUGUGUUGUGUUCAAAGCAGAAGUCAACAUGGAACAUUCCAAGCUUGCCCAGUGCUAUGGUUUUUCUGGUUUUGUCAUUCAUGCGUGCAGUUCCCAAAGAAACACUGUUGCCGCAGUGGUGUCAGAAGACACUGAAAUUGAAAUCUCUGAAGUCUUAAGCAAGGAAAGGUUUGAACUGAGAAAAAGUCGUGAUUUUUGCAGAUUAGGAGGUGUUGACAAACCAGUGAGAGACCUAAUUGAAAUUGUGAAAUUGAGCGAACGAUAUCAGGUUGUCAAAAGCAUGUUCAUGGAGUUUCCUCGUGGUGUUUUGUUGCGUGGCCCUCCAGGCUGUGGAAAGACAACUCUGGUGAAACAGGUGGCUUGUGAAUGUGAUGCUUUCAUUGUGACGAUAAACGGACCAGAAAUCUUGGGCUCGCAUCCUGGUGAAAGUGAGGAAAAUCUAAGAACUAUGUUCGAAAGAGCUUGUAAUUUGAGUGAAGAAGGCAGCUGUAUUUUGUUCAUUGAUGAGAUUGACAGUCUGUGUCCAAAGAAAGGCUCUGGCAUCAGUUCUGCUGAGUCACGCCUGACCUGUCAACUCGUAGCUCUAAUGGACGGUAUACAGUCAAGAUCACGGUUAACUGUUAUUGGAGCAACCAAUCAACCUCAUCAUCUGGACCCUUCUGUCCGCAGACCAGGGCGUUUUGAUAGAGAGGUAUUGAUUAACAUACCCACUGAUGCAGAAAGACUGGAUAUCCUAAAAGUCCACAGCAGUUGUCUGCCCCUGGAUGAGAAUGUAGAUUUCAGGCAGCUGUCAAUCUGGACAAAAGGUUACGUGGGUGCUGAUUUGUCUAAUCUCUGCCAGGAAGCUGCUUAUCUGGCUUUAGCAGAGACAAAGGUCAGCCAGAAUGAUAAGGAAAUAACCAGAGUGGCAAUGAAGCAUUUCAGAGAGGCUUUUGGGAAGAUUGUACCAUCCACACAGAGAGGAUCUGAUGCACUGGUGGAUUUAAAACCGGUCAGCUGGAAUGACAUUGGAGGGUUGGAGAAGGUCAAAGGUCAGAUUAUGCAGGCUGUGGAAUGGCCGAUGCGGUAUCCAGAUGCAUUCAGAAGGAUGGGUGUUCCCCAGCCCCGGGGAAUCCUCCUGUAUGGACCCCCAGGCUGUUGUAAGACCACCCUGGUGAGAGCAGCAGCUACAGCUUGUCAGGCCACGUUCCUGUCAGUCAGCAGUGCUCACCUAUUCUCUCCCUUUGUAGGUGAUGCUGAGAGAGUGGUGUCUGAGGUGUUCCAGAGAACAAGAAUGGGAGCGCCAGCCAUCUUGUUUCUGGAUGAAAUAGAUGCUGUUGCUGGGAAGCGCUCUGAGGCUGGCAGACAGAAGGGUGUGCAGGAACGAUUACUCUCCACCCUCCUCAAUGAGAUGGACGGAGUGGGCGUGAGGGUGGAUGACAAGGUCACCACCACCAUGGGGCAGCACCAGCGGAUUGCAGAGGGUCAGGAGGCUCACCAGAACGAAACCAUGACACCAGUGGACAACAGCAGUGUUCUAGUUGUGGCUGCCACAAACCGUCCAGAUCUGGUGGACGAGGCCUUGCUGAGACCAGGCAGAUUUGACAGAAUAAUUUAUGUGCCUUCUCCGGAUAAAGAGGCAAGGCAACAGAUUCUGGAUGUACACAUGAAGAAGAUGGCAACGUGUGAUGUGAACACUGAGAGACUGGCAGAGCUGACUGAGUGGUACACAGGGGCAGAUCUGGAGAACCUCUGCAGAGAGGCUGCGCUGUUGGCUCUGACCCAGGAUGGAAUAGACGCCGUUAAGGUCACAGGGAAUCAUUUCACAGAUGCCCUGAAGACAGUGAAAGCUUCUCUAAAUGAGAGUUUGGUCAAACAAUACCACCAGCUUAACAUACUUUCUAUAAAGAAAAAAUGA